UUCUUCUACCAUAUAUACCCCAGAGAGCCUUAUGGUUUAUGACUUUAUGUUACACAAAUUUUUGCUUCCCGAGGAAGGAAAUUGCUAAAGGGAAUUUUUGUUAUUGAAAAAGAGGAUGGAAAUUGACAUGCUCCUCUUGCAUGCAAUUUCAAUGGGGCUGUAAAUCUGCUGCUCAAACGCAUUCAUGCAAAAUGUACCUAUUCAGUUUGCAUUCUCCUUAAAAUCCUUAGCAUCAUUUACCAUGCCAAGCAGCAAGUGUUUCUCCAACUGAGGACACUAAUUCCUAUAUAUUUAUAUCGCAUCAAGCUUCUUUGCCUUUCAAUAAUUUUCUAUUUACUUUUUGCACAUCUAUCCAGCUGCAUUAGCUUACUAAAAUCCUCCACAUAUUUGCUUUUUUCCACCAUUUUUUUCUUCAUUCAACACACUCAGCCUAUUGUAACACAAUUCUUCCCCCAUGUCAAAAGACAGGGAGGAGUUUUCCACCGAGAUUGUGCAGAGAGGUGUUGAGAACUCUGGCCCAAAUGCUGGCUUUCUUUCUUUCUCUGUGAAAGUGAAGCCUAGACUGCCAGAUUUCCUUAGUUCAGUUAAUCUAAAAUAUGUGAAAUUGGGUUAUGGCUACCUCAUUAGCCAUCGCUUGUACUUGUUGCUGGCACCACCUCUCCUUGCAGCCUUCAUUGCUCGUAUUGGAAAGUUCACUUGGCAAGACCUCUAUGAGAAAUAUGGUUUCAUUGAGAUUCUAUUUAUAUCAGGACUUUUGGGCCUAAUGCUAUAUUUUUAUAUUGACUUAACACCCGGCUCUACCUAUUUGCUUGAUUUCUCAUGUUUUCGCCCUUCAGAUGAAUGCAAGAUCUCUAAGGCAGAGUUCAUUGAGUUAGCCAAAAAAUCUGGGAAUUUCAAUGAUACUGCCAUUGAGUUUCAAGAACGAGUUCUUAAGAAAUCUGGCAUUGGCGAUGAGACCUACCUGCCAAAAAGAGUUUUUCACCCUGGUUACAGAAACUCACUGAAUGAUGGCAGACAAGAGGUAUCCAUGGUGAUGUUUGGGGCAAUUAAGGACCUUCUUGCUGCCACAAAAGUGAAACCAAAAGAUAUCAGAAUCCUGAUAGUAAACUGUGGAAUACUAAACACCACCCCAUCACUCUCAUCAAUGAUAGUAAACCAUUUCAAGCUUAGGCAUGACAUCCAUAGCUUCAACCUUGGUGGGAUGGGUUGUGCUGCUGGAAUUACAGCUAUUGAUCUUGCUAAAGACCUUCUGGAUGCUUAUCCAAGAACUUAUGCACUUGUAGUUAGCACAGAAGCUGUAAGCUCAACAUGGUACAGUGGCAAUGAUAUUGGCAUGCUGCUUCCCAAUUGCUUCUUCAGAAUGGGAGCUGCAGCCAUCAUGCUCUCAAACUUUCACCUAGAUAGAUGGUGCGCCAAGUAUGAACUCAAACAGCUGGUCCGAACUCACAAAGGGAUGAACAACAGAAGCUACAAAAGCAUACAUCAAAGGGAAGAUAGUGAAGGGAGGAAGGGCAUUUCUGUGAGUAAAGAUGUAAUUGAAGUUGGAGGCCAUGCACUAAAGGCCAACAUCACCACACUAGGUCCACUAGUGCUACCCGUUUCAGAGCAGCUUCACUUCUUCACCAACUUGAUCUUCAAGAAAAGGAAAACAAAGCCAUACAUUCCUGAUUACAAGCUGGCGUUCGAGCACAUGUGCAUUCUGGCAACGAGCAAGAAAGUGCUGGAUGAGAUUCAGAAGAACUUGGAGCUCACAGAGGAAUACAUGGAAGCAUCAAGGAAGACAUUGGAGCGAUUUGGCAACACAUCAAGCAGCAGCAUUUGGUAUGAACUGGCUUAUCUUGAGUUGAACUCAAGGAUCAAAAGGGGUGAUCGGGUUUGCCAAAUAGCUCUUGGGGCAGGGUUCAUGUGUAACAGUGUUGUGUGGAAGGCUCUUAGGAAUGUUGGGAGACCCAAGCAGAGUCCUUGGAUUGAGGAUGAUAGCUGAACUAGUAGUAGCAGCUACAUAACUCGAUUGCAUGCUGCCUUAGGUCCAUAUUAUGUACAAUGGAAAAAGACAUAAAUUUAAAUAAAUUAAAACAAAAGGAGAAACAUUAGGACUUGAUUGAGAAAGAUCACCAUGGUUUAAACUUUAGAAGGGCCACGUGUUCAUCAAGAUCAAGAGGAGUAUUAAUUAGGAGAUUGGAAAAUUUAAUUUUACAAAAUAUUUUGAAGAAUAAAACGCUGGAAGCUAGUUCUCGAAA